ACAAAUUCAAUUAAAAUAAACAAAAAAUAACGAAAAAAAAAACUUUGGGAAAACUGUUGAAAUUGUUAAUUGCUCUGCUCAUUUUAAUUUUGUGAUGAACGUUGGGGCAUGCGUGCGCGUUAUUUAUUUUAUAUUACUAUUAAACGACAAGAACAGGCAGACACCGUGUUGCACUAUUGUUAGCAACAAAUAACAAAUGUACGACAACCAAAUUAGCAGCACCCAGACAACAAAAAAAUAUAUAAAAGAAUAUUCGGCGAUCAAAUUCGGUGGCGCCACUCUGAGCUGUAACAAGCCAAAUAUAGUGUAACGGUAAACUGUGUGCCGUGCAAUAAAAGUCAAGUGCCGCACGGAAUUCAACAGUCAGAGACAGCGAGCCAGAGGGGCAGCCAGUGCCAGAGAGCGCUUCGCAUUGUGUCAUUGACAAAGUAACGCAUCGCGCGAUAAGAGGCAAGAAGAAGCACCCAACGAGACGCUCGAUAAACGACAAACAAAAUGAGCAACCGGCAGAGGAGCAGCACCAAGGAAGGGAGGAAGAGCAGCGGCGGCAGCGGUAGCAUCAAAGAGCUGAUAGCGCAACUAUUGCUUCUUAUCAGCAUCACAUCAAGCUUGCCGGAAAUGGAGUGCUUUCAACGAUUCUCAGAGCAGCCCAAAUACACGGAGGUGAAUCCACGCGAGGACGCGUUGCUCACAUGCAAAGUAAUCGAUAAGCGCGGCUCGUGCUCCUGGCAAAAGGAUAACAAGCCAGUGGGCAUCUACCCGAAGAAAUACGAAUGGGCCGCACGUCCACUGAGCGGCAAUGGCGCCUUACAACUGGAUCUACAUCCGCCGCCUCCCAUGCAAAUCGGCGGCGACUGCUCCCUGUGGAUACGCUCGGCCACCCUGGACUUUGACGACGGCCUGUGGGAGUGCCAAGUGACGGCCAGUGAUUUUACCGCACAGGACGCGCUGACCAGUCAACCGGUGCGAUUGGUUGUACGUGUGGCGCCACAACGUCCACGUCUGGAGUUUGAGAGUGCACCGCUGCCGCCGGGCCACAAUAUCACGGUAGACGCCGGCGCCGUGGCGACUGUGAAAUGCGCCUCACAUUAUGGUAAUCCGCCUGCAACGCUCAAAUGGUAUUUGGGCGACCAGGAAAUCUCGCCCAUACACCCGCAACUGAAUGCCACCGAACCGGACAAUACACGCACCUGGUCAGCCACUUCGGUGGUGCAGGUGUCCGCAAUGCGCGAGCGACACGGCGACAUACUGCGCUGUGUGGCGUUCCAUGAGAACUACGAAGCCAAAUCGGUACCAGUGGAGGCCCGUCUCGAUGUCAAAUACGCGCCAACCAUUCGUCUAAUUGGCUCACCGGAAAUCGACUUGGAAGAGGAUAAGGAUGCGCUUGUUCUGCGCUGCGUGGCCGAUGCCAAUCCGCCGGCCAGCAUCGUUUGGCGACGUGCCGGACGCUCUGAGAUAGCCAGCUUGCAGGAAACGCUGCAGUUGCGUCCCGUUGGACGUCGCGACGCCGGACUGUACACCUGCCAGGCACAGAACUCGGUGGGCACCUCGGAGCAGCUGUCGGUGCAGUUGGACGUGAAAUAUCCACCGAAAAUUAUUUCAGCCGGCCCGGACCGUCUCACAACAGCGCCGCUCUUCAGUCCCGCCGCCUUCGAAUGCGUCGCCGAUGGCAAUCCCAUGCCAGCCUACAAAUGGGUCCAGAGAAUCUCGCAUGGCUCAAAGUACGUAGAGCGCGGCAAUGAGCCGCGACUGGUCAUCGAUAAUGUCACCUAUGAGUACCAGGGCGAAUACGAGUGCCGGGCCACUAGCUACAUCAAUGGGCAGGAGCGGGUAGCCAUAUCCGAUCCCGUGUCGCUGCAAGUUGUGGGUGCUCCGCAAGUGCUUCGUCUGCAUCCCUCCAUGCACACAGUAUCCGUGAAGCGCGGUGAACCAGCCAGCCUCACGAUGGUCGUCUGCGCCGAUCCGCGACCGCAACGCGUUGCCUGGGAAUGGGGUUCGCUACGUCUGGAGGCAGGUUCGGGCAUAGAUCGCUUUCGUGCCGACGAUAUGCUGACGGAUUCUCGCGAGGAUUGCUAUCUCUCUACAUUGCACAUACACCACACCGAUGAACACGACUCACGGCCCUACUAUCUUGUGGUGGAGAACGAGCGGGGCACCGAUCGUCAUGCCAUUCAUUUGAUUGUGGAGGGUACGUUUGCAGAACCUUUGGAGAUGAGCUACCUGCUGGGAGUGGCCGGCGGCUGUAUGGCCGCCAUUUUGAUCCUGAUCUGCCUGUGCAUCUACGCCGUCAAAAGCAAAAAAUGUUGCUUCAAGGGUUCCACGGGCUAUAAAUCAUCGGAUAAGGACAGCGAAAAGGCUGAUUUGAAAUCACGCUCGGAUAGCACAAGUGGCCCCCAAGGUGAUUCAAUUUACACAACGCCUGCCGGCUUCCAUCAUCACCAGCAACAACAACAGCAACAACAGCAGCAGCAGCAACAGCAGCAACAACAGGCGGCCGCUGCGGCGGCAGCGGCGUUGCACGCAGCCUCGCAGCAUCCACAGCAACAGUAUCCGGGACAUGGAUCGCCGGAGGCAAUGAAGUUAAAAGUAAAGAUAUACGAAACAGCGUGCUUGCAGAAGCCAAUUAAAAUUGAAAUAAUGAAGCCCGGCGGGUGCAAUCAUGAUGAUGUUGGUGAUGAUCAUGUUGAUGAUAAAUAUGACGUUUGAAUCUCAAGUGAAAUGCAAUGUAAAUGUGUGCACCUUGUAUUUAAUUUUUAAUUCUUAAGUGUAUAAAUAAAAUUAUUAAUAUGCCUAUUUAUUUGCAACUGAAAUGCCUAAGCAACCGAAGUUGAU